CCGCCCCCGCCCCCGCCCCCCCCCGUCCCUCCGCGUUCCUGUGUGCCCCUGCCCUCGCCCGAGCCUGGCCGCCGCCGCCGCCGAGUGCCCGCGCCCCACACGCAUCCUCGUGCGCGCCGCCAUGGGGUCCAACCAUAUCGGCGCAGCCAGCGCCACCCAGCACCCGACGCCCGACCUGCCGGCCUUUACCAGCCUCCAGGAGUCGCCGCACCUGGCGCCAGUGGGUCCCGGCGCCGGGGUUCCCCACACAACCGGCAAGGCCCACCCGCCGGCCAUGAUUUCCACCCGUGUAACUCUGCCCCCGGCCGGGGAAGAUGCCCAUGAGGCGAUGCUGGCCACGCGCGCCACGCCGGUCCUUUCCGGCGAGCUGCCCCCCCCGCCGCGCAAGGAAACCAUCGCCCUGGCCGCGGCCGGGAUCUCCUUCGAUCCCUUCAGCCCGGCCGAGGUCCGGUCCCGCGCGGCCAUGCCCCAGCGCCCGGACUUCCCCCAUCUUUGCCCCGAGGCGGCCACCAUCGCCGGGACGCUCUUCUCCUCGCAGCGCCUGGCCGCCGAGGUGUGUCUGUCACACUCGCGCCCGGAAACCCGCGACUCCAUGCCGAUCUCGGCCGUCGCCGGGUCCUGGGUCCAGCUGAGUUCCUCCCUCCGGUCGCUGCUGCUCGAUGUGCACUUCCUGCUGUUCUCCUUCCUGCAGCUGGACUCCUCGAGCCUCCUGGCGCAGGAGUCCCAGCUGGACCUGGACGCCAUCCUGGCCCAGACGGAUGCCCUGUUGCAGACGGUCGUCCAGGCGGAUCGCGCCCCGCCGGCCGGUUCGCCCCCGGCCUCGGCCCCCCUGCGUACGGCCUACACCAAUUUCAUCAGCGCCCAGGUGUAUGCGGCCAAGACCUUCACCACGCACCCGGCCUUCGGACGCUUGGCCACCGCUGGCCGGACUCUGGCCACCGCCACCAAUGACUACAUCCGGACCAUGGCCCGGACAACCACCUCGGCGACUGUCCUCUCGCCGGAGCUCCUCGAGCCGGCGACCCCCUUCGAGCUGGCCCCGGAGGCGUCGUCCUUCGUGCAGCACCCGGUCCCCCGACAUGGGUCCAGCACCCCCGAGCCCAGCAUCUCGGAGAAGCGCCAGCGCGGGGCCGAGCUCCGGCCCAUCAUCACCGGCAGCGAGCCCACCCUCUCGGCCGAAAGCCCGCCCCCCUCACCACAGUACAAGUCCCGGUCCAUCGACCACCUGCCCUUCUCCGGAUCCAGCCAGAGCAGCAGCAGCAGCAGCAGCGGCAGCGGCAGCGGCAGCAGCACCAGCGGCAGCAGCAACAGCAAGGGUGGCGAUGGAGCGGCCGCGGCGUCGCUGCUGAACCCGGCCGGCCUGGGGGCCCCUUCGCCAUCGGCCUCCUCGCGGCACCGGUUCGUGCGCAAGGUCCGUCAACUGGUCGGCAAGCCGGAGCCCACGGGCCCGGCCUUCCCCGCGUCGCUCUACUCGGCCACCGGGUCGUAUGCCUUCGAUGAGGGGGGGCCUGGUGGUCCGGCGCCCCCGCGGUCGCCCAAUCGCGCCGGAUCCUUCCACGGCGGCUUGAGCGACCUGGCAUCCGGCUCGAUGGGGAAUGGGCCCCUCGGGGCGGCCGGCGGGUCUCGGAACAGCGUCAUCGGCGCCCCGCCCGCCUGGACCCUGCCCUCGGGGCCGAUGUUGGUGGAUUUGCGCCCGGAUGGCGGGAGUGACCUGCUGGAUGAUGACAGCCUGACCUACAGCACCUGCUCGCUGGAUGGCGAUGGGCCAUCCUCCGGGCCUCCCUCCGGGCGUGCCUCCUUCGAGACCAUCCCCCUGGUGGACGGCAGCACCAGCGCCACCCGGCGCGACUAUGAGCCGUCCCUCUAUGAGCAGGAUCUCCAGCUGGAGCAUCCGGACCUCGAUGGGGAGCACCUGUUCGACUUGCUGGAGGCCUUUCUCAGCGCUGGCGAGGGCGCCGGCGAGGAAGUCACCCGAGCCGCCGGUGGCGCCCCUGUGGCCAUGAGCUCGGUGGUUACCUCGCGCCCGGCCCGGCGUCAGGCGCGCAUCACUCGCGCGGUUUCGAUGCCCACAUCGCCGGCAAGCGCCACCGAGUCGACGGCGGCGGCGGCGGCGGCGGCGGCGGCCGCGGAUCUGUCCGCCACCACGGCUCGUUUGUCACUCCCGGCGCCGGCGGCGACUGCGGCCGCCACCGACGCCCGGGCGACCACGGCCAUCGCCAUCCCCGCCCCGCCGACGGCACCCCCCCCGUCCGAUCUCGGUCCAAGUGGCCGCCCACACUCUUCCAACACCGAUGAAGUUAUUUUCCAGCUCCUGCUGGGCAGGGGCAUCAAUGCGCCGUCUGAGCGGCCGGCCGGUGGGCCGCCCCUCCCGGGGCUGCUCGGUCCCCAAACAUUCGCCCUGGCCCCGGUGGCUGGGCUGCGUGCCUUCGCGGUCGCCCCCAGCCAGCAGGAUGAGGCCUACGAUGGGGAUGCCGAUGAUGAGGCGGCCGCCGGCCCCGGGGCCGGGCGAUCCCACUCGCAGGACGUCACUUCCACCCCUAGCGAGGAGGGGGAAGACGUGCUCGGGGACUUGGCCACGGCCGGGGGGCGCUUUGCCGCCGGGCGUCGGGCCACCGUCAGCGAGGGGCUCCUGCCGCAGCAGCGGCCUCUGGCCCCGGGUGCCGGGGCUCUGCCCGUGAAUCUGUCCCCCUCGCUGGGGAGCCUCACCUCGGCCCGGGGAUCGUCCUCCUCUUGCUCUUCCUCCUCGUCCUCCCUGUCCCCGGCGUCCGGGCUGUCGGCCUGUUCGUCGAACUCGUCGCUGGUGGCGGCGGCCGCGGCGGCCGGGCCGCUGUUUGCGGCCCCCUACUCGCCGCCGUCGUCGGGCUCGGUCUCGGCCGCCUCGUCGACGUCCUCCCUGCGGCGUGGGUCGCUCUUUGUGCCGGCCAGCAACCAGCUGGACACGGUUCUGGAGCAGCCGAUGGGCGAUGACUCGGACGAGGACACCACCAUCACCCUGUCGCCGUUCUUCGCGCGCUUCGCGGCGUCCGCCACCUCCGGGGCCGGGCGCGAGGGCGGGUCCACCCCCGGCGUGCGGCCGAUGUCCCUGCUCUUUGAUCGGAGUACCUCGGAGCAUGUGCUGUUGCCGGUGCCAUCGGCCGGGGCCCCGGGGGCCGGGCCUCGCGAUGGCCCACCCGCCAAACCCCCGGCGCCCCGGCGCUUCCCCGCCCCUCUGAAUGAUGAGGCCUCCAACUCGGAGGGGGAUAUGGCCGUCGAUGUGGACGGCGCCGACAGCACCGGCAGCAUGUCCGACUCGUCGGGCUUCGACUCGGACCGGCCGGCUUCCCCGUCGCCCGGGGACCCGCUGGCCAUGGGUGAGGGUGGUCUGUCCGAGCCGCUGGUUGCCGGAGGGGGGGAUCUCCUGGCCGCCGCCACCACGGCCCCCUGCAGCAGCGACACCUCCGGGGAGUCGGACUCGCCGUCCGGCGACCCCGGGACCGCGUCGGAGGAAUCCACCUCUCGCGAGGCCCCCACCGCCGGGGGGGCCGCCACGGCCCUCCCCGCGGCCAGCCUCUUCUCGGACAUGAUGUCGGUCAACAAUGCGGCCCUGCUGGCCCCGCGCAAGCUCCUGCGCGAUGACUAUUCCCUGGUGUAUAUCCCGUCGCUGGCCUCGUCGGAUGCCAUUGCCCCGGCCCAGCCGCCGGCCCGGCACCCGUCCACGGGCAAUCGGGCUCUCCUGGCUGGCGGGGCCUUUGCCGGCACACUGACCCCGGUGCGGCCGGCCCUUCCACCGGUGGCCGAUGGUGACUCCGGCCCCGGCGGGGCGGAUAGUCUUGAGGCUUUCACAACCGGGGCCCUGUCUCCGCUGAUUACCGUGUCGCAAUCGAACACCCGACGCAUGGUUUACCCCUCGGUGGCGGCCACCAGCGACGGCCCCGACGGGGAUGUUGGCUCUGUGGCCGGGCCAGCCGGAGCCUCCACCCCCGGGCGCAAGACCACGAAGCACCCGGAAGCCGGGCGGCACUUCGACCGGAACAUGCGCAUCCUGCGCACGAUUGCCGGGCGGUAUGGCCACGAGGAGCUGGCCACGCCAGCCACGCUGAAGCGCCUGUCCCUGACCCUUGGCGUGCCGGCGGUCGGCCUGCAGGCCGGCUCGGCGGCCGAUCCGGAGGCCGGGUCCAAGUGCCAGGUCCCGGCCGAGGCCAUCCUCGUUCGGCAUGUGCCCACCGGGGAGAAUAUCCUGAUUUUGGAGCUGGUGCGCGGCCGGCUGGAGGUGGUGGCCUGUUCGAUUGGGCAUCUGGCCGAGCGCCUGGCCGAUGACGCGCCGUACGACCGGCGCCUGAGUGGCUCGGGCCUGGGCCCGGGCGCCGCCGAUGAUGCUGGCUCCGGGAGUGGGGCCGGUUCCGGCCGGCUGACGCGCGCGGCCUCCACCUGGUUCAUGUCCGCCUCGAAUGACCCGCCGCUGCUGGACUUCGAGGACACCGCCGAUCUGGUGGACAGUGUCCUGCUGACGCACAGUCAGUACAUGUCACACGUGGACCUUUUCUCGGUGCUGAUGUCGCGCUUCAACGCUCGGGCCCUGACCACAGCCGAGGCGCCGCGCCUGCUCGGCCUGUCGGAUGAUCUCAUCGCCUACUUCGAGGAGGUGUCCGACUCGCUUCGACGCAAGGUCCUCAAUGUCCUCUCUCGGUGGCUGCGUUUCCAGUGGGUGGAGUUCGAGCAGGAUCGUCUGCUGCUGUCGCUCCUGCGGGACUUCAUGAUCCAAGGCCACUACUCCCUGUACGGGGAGUAUGCCCUCUUGCGGCAGGCAUUCCACAAUUGCGUGUACCAGGCCCUGCGGCGCAUCGAGCCGGGGCCGGUGCGAGGCCGCCGUAUCGAGCUGUUGACCAUCCAAGCGGCCAGUGCCGGGGCCGAUCGUCCCCUGUCGCGGAGCGCCUCCCUGCGGAGCGUCGGUUCCUCGCGGUCGUCCAGCAGCUCGGGCUCGGCGCCGACUCUGGCCACCUCGCCGAGUGGCAGCUUCAGCGACCGGGCGCUGUCCUCCGGCUUGGUUGGCCUGAGCCCCCAAACCGCGGCCCUGUUCAUCAGCUGCCAUAAUGCCUACCUCGCGGCGCAGGUCCAGCCGAUUGAUUGGUUCACCUAUGCGGUGGCCUCCUCGAACCAGCGGUUCUUCAAGAACGACCCCCCGGCCGGGGCGAUUAUGAAGCAGCCGGAGUCCGUGGUCCGGCUCUUCCGCCGAGAGCACCAGCUCACCCAGUGGGUGGGCUUCGAGGUGUGCUCCGGGGAGACUGCCCGCGCGCGGAAGGACAUCUUCCGCAAGGUGCUGAAGAUCAUCCGCCUGGCGCGAGACAUGCACGACUUCCUCGGGGCCUUUGCCCUGUACAAUGGGCUCUUCUCGCCGCCGAUCCUGCGCCUGAAGUCCGUCUGGUCGUCCUUGAGCAAGAGCGACAUGGCCGAAAUCUCCAAAUUGGGCAAGUUCUUCGAGCCGCGCAACAACAUGCGCACGUACCGCGCGCGCAUCGAGCGCCUGGCCAGCGCGCCGAUCCCCGUGCUGCGUGGGCUACAGUCGUCAGCCGGGCGCCCGGUGCCCCCGCCACGCCCCGACCGUCGCCCGGCCACCGGGGCCGAUGUCGAUGCCAAGCAGUCGGGCCAGCAGCCGGCCACUCUGCAGCAGCCGCAAUCUCAGCAGCAGCAGUCACAGCAGCAGCAACCACAGUCCCAGCAGCAGCAGCAGCAGCAGCAACCGCAGUCCCAGCAGCCGGCGCCGGCGCCAGUUGCCCUGGUGGGUGCAGUGCCCAUCCCGAUGAUCAUGCUCCGAGAGGUGUUGUAUGUCCUGGAGCGUGUCCCCUCAGUUCCGCGGGACUUCAGCGGCCUGGUUCACAUCGCCAAGUACCGGUACAUCACGUCGAUCCUGGAGCGGCAUGUGCGCCUGGCCCGCUUCGCCGCCGCCGGGGAUCUCUCCAUGGCCCGGUUGAAGUCCUACCUGGACCAUGUGGAUGCGGUGUCCGAGACGGGCAGCGCGCCGGGCAGCGCGCCCGGCUCAGCCAGCGGGUCGGUUGCCUCGCUCCCGGCGGCCGGCUCCCCGAGCACCAGCGGGCCGGCUCCCCUGCUCGGGUCGACGGGGGGCAGUGGCACCGCCGGUGGCGGUGCCUCCGGCCAGCCGCCGAGCCACCAUCAAUCGGGGUCCUCGCACUCGGUUCUCCAGCUGCUCAGCGGUUCAGGGGCCGCCGGAGGAGGGCCGGGCUCCGGGGCACUGGCCGACGCGCUGGCCAUCUCGCUGGCUGGCCCCGAGCCGAGCUCGAAUCCCCCCUCAUCGGCCGCCGCCACGGCUCGGUCCAUUCUUCAGUCGCUGCUGCUGCUGCAGCGGACCAUCGACCACCCGCCGGACGAGGAGGAGCUGAUGGAGAUGUCGCGUGCUGUACAGUCAUAGAUGCGCGCGCGUUGCUCCCCCUCCCUCUGCCUCCCUUCCACAUUGUACUUGUUCCCUCAACAUUUGAUUCCCAUCUCGGGGCUUUCCCCCUCCCUCGCCCUGAAGAGAAAUACGACCCCCCCCCCCCCUUGCCA